GCGAUGGCUCUUGCGCAAGCGUAGCUCGUACUUCCCUGUUUUUUUUUUUUUUUCUUUUUUUUUCUUCCCCUCUCCCUUUCCCCCUCCUUCCCCCAAGCCUGAGGGGUCUUGAGGUGACAGCGCCUGCAACCGGGAGUCCAGAAGCUGGAGAAAAAGAUGGACAAGAGGAAGCUCGGGCGACGGCGAUCUUCAUCCGAAGAGAGAUAAAGAGAGGAGAAAGAGAAAGAGAUCUUCCUUCUGCUGGUUUACUCUCCAAGUGGCCAUGAUGGUUGCGCUGGACCAGGAUGAAGUGAAGGAGCAGGGAAUUCUGUCCAAAUCUCCCACUUGGGUGGUAGAGUUCCAGAAAUUGUCACAGAAGGAAAAAGGAGAAAAUCUUCAUCUUCUGAUUUACAUGAGUUUCAGAUAAGAAAGAUGUUAAAUGUAAAACCAGAAGAUGCUCAUGCUCAAUCACCACUGUCCAAAUUCAGAAGCACAGAAUGCUGGGAUCUCCCUUUGCAGGGGUGGAAAAGAAGCCCAAGAAAUAAAGUCAUCUCUUUGGACCGUAAGAAUAAAAGAGGUGUCCAUGAGUGUCCUGUCACUUCUAAGGCAUCACCAGAAAGGCAACUCAAAGUUAUGUUGACGAAUGUCCUAUUGACGGAUUUAGGACGAAAAUUCAGAAAGACCCUACCUAGAAACGAUGCUAAUUUAUGUGAUGCCAACAAGGUGCAAUCAGACUCAUUGCCUUCGACAUCUGUUGACAGCAUAGAGACAUGUCAUAAAUUAGAGCCUCUUCACCAAAGCGUUAAUUUAUCUGAAAGGAUACCCAGAGUUAUACUGACGAAUGUCCUGGGAACGGAGUUAGGAAGAAAAUACAUAAAGAUCCCUCCUGUAACUGAGGCCAGUUUGAGUGAUACAGACAACUUGAAAUCAGAGAAACUUUCUUCAUCAUCUGAUGACAGCCUAGAGACUUGUCAAAAUCUAAAUCCCCACAAGAGCUGUUGUUUAUCUGAAAGGGGUUUGCAACCAAGUAAGACAUUAGAUAACAUUUCUACAAAGCAGGCUGCACACACUAAAGAAAAGCGGAGAGAUGAUGAUGGCAUUUCUCUUGCAUUGUCUGAUACUCAGCUUAAAGACCUUACCAGUGCAAUUAGAGGUUGUGAUUGUCUUGAAGAGGGGAGCAGAAACAAGGAUGUUACAUAUUCUGAUUCAAAAAUGGAACCCACUCUGAUUUCCAGGAAGACAAAGAAAAGGCUUAGAAGUCAUUUACCUGAUGCUCAUAAUUCUGUUUCUUCUAUGGAUAAGUCAGCAGAACAAACAAAAGAACCAGAAAAUGACUCAACAGUAUCUGCGGAGUUUGACAAGUCAAGUGAAAACUAUCAUCAAGAUGGAAAACUACUUGAAGAAGUUUCACCUGAAUCUAUUGAAAAUGAUUUUACUAAACUGUCUGCAUUUAGUAGUCAGGAAUUGGCUUUGAGUACUGUUCCCAAAACUGCUUCUGCCUGUUCAACCUCUGAAUCUUUUGAGAACUCUAUUUCCAGUGAUUCUGUGGGUAUUUCUUCCCUGAUUGAAAAGAUUGAGAAUGAAUUGAAUACAAUAGAAAAUUCUGUUCCAAGUGGACACGAUGAAGGGAACCAAUCGUUGAUUUCUGCUGAACCAAUUGUUGUUUCCAGUGAUGAAGAAGGACCCAUUGAACACAAGAGUUCUGAAAUUCUUAAAUUACAACCUAGACAAGACCAUGGGAUCACUAAUGAAAGUGAGAGCACGUCUGAGUCAACAUUAUCAGAACUACCAUUGGUUACAUGUGAAUCUAUACAGACAUCAUCUGAAUUAUGUCCAUACAAUUCUGUCAUGGAAAACAUUUCCUGUAUUGUGCCUAGUAAUAAGAUGACUCUACAACUGGAUUUUAUAUUUACUUCUGUUUAUAUUGGUAAAAUAAAAGGAACUGCUAAAGGUUGUGUUACAUUUACAACAAAGUAUAUUAAGAUCCCAUUUCAAGUGUCCCUGAAUGAGGUUUCAUUGCUAGUGGAUACCAGACAUUUAAAGAGGUUUGGAUUGUGGAAAAGUAAGGAUGAGGACCACAGUAAAAGGAAUCAUGCUAUCCUUUUCCUCUGGGUCUCUUCAGAUUACCUUCAAGAAAUUCAGACCCAGUUAGAAAAUUCUAUAUUAAGCCAGCAAUCAAAAUCCAGUGAAUUCAUUUUCCUUGAAAUACACAAUCCUAUUUCACAAAAAGAAGAAUUGCAACUGAAAGAUAUUAUGACAGAAAUUAGUACAACCAAUGGAGAAGUAGAGCUUUCUUAUCCAUUGUCUUGGGUUCAGGCACUUCCUUUGUUUCAGAAUCUCUCUUCAAAAGAAAGUUCUUUUAUUCAUUAUUAUUGUGCUUCAACUUGUUCUUUACCUGCUGCUGCUACCGAGGCAAUGAAGAUGAAAUCAGUAUCCCAGCCUUCAAAUACAGAUGCCACCAAACCUACCUACACCUUCGUGCAGAAGCAAAGUAGUGGUUGCUACUCACUAUCCAUCACAUCUAACCCAGAUGAAGAAUGGCGAGAAGUCAGGCAAACUGGACCUGUUCAGAAAUUGAUUGUAUAUCCUCCACCCCCUACCAAAGGAGGAUUAGGAGUAACUAAUGAAGAUCUGGAGUGUUUAGAAGAAGGAGAGUUUCUUAAUGAUGUAAUAAUUGAUUUUUACCUUAAGUAUCUUAUAUUGGAGAAGGCAUCAGAUGAACUUGUUGAACGAAGUCACAUUUUUAGUAGCUUUUUCUAUAAAUGCUUGACGAGAAAGGAAAAUAAUUUAACAGAAGAUAAUCCAAAUCUUUCAAUGGCACAGAGAAGACAUAAAAGAGUAAGAACAUGGACUCGUCAUAUAAAUAUUUUUAAUAAAGAUUACAUCUUUGUACCUGUUAAUGAGUCGUCUCACUGGUAUCUUGCAGUCAUUUGUUUUCCAUGGUUAGAAGAAGCUGUGUAUGAAGAUUUUCCCCAAGCUGUAUCCCCACAGUCCCAGGCUCAGCAGUCCCAACAUGACAACAAAAUAAUAGAUAAUGAUCAACAUUCUACAUCAUUGUUAUCUCUGAGUGCAGAGGAUUCUCAAAGUACCAAGACGAAUAUAUCAGUACCUAAGAAAAUGUGUAAAAGGCCAUGUAUUCUCAUACUUGACUCCUUGAAAGCUGCUUCUAUACAAAACACAGUUCAGAAUUUACGAGAGUAUUUAGAAGUCGAGUGGGAAGUUAAGCGAAAAACUCACCGUGAAUUCAGCAAAACAAACAUGGUGGAUCUAUGCCCUAAAGUUCCUAAACAGGAUAACAGUAGUGAUUGUGGAGUAUAUUUACUGCAAUAUGUGGAAAGCUUCUUCAAGGAUCCUAUUGUUAACUUUGAAUUUCCUAUUCAUUUGGAGAAAUGGUUUCCUCGUCAUGUAAUAAAGACCAAACGUGAAGAUAUUCGGGAACUCAUUUUGAAACUUCAUUUACAGCAACAGAAGGGCAGCAGUAGCUAGUUAAUCUGUGAAAACAUGACACAUAUGUUCUCUAAGAUUACUGGAAAGCGGCUUACCAGCAUUUGUGUUAGCCAGCUCACAGAGAAGAAAAUAACUUGCAGUAGUUUUAUAAGUCAUUGAACAUUAUUUAAAAUAUAUGUUAUUAGAAUUGUUGGGAUUCAUAGAUGGAGUGUGAAUGGGGGUAAUAUAGAUAAACAUAUUAGAUAGAAAUUGAAAUUUCAUAAAUGUUUGAUAUUUUUCUGGGCAUAUAUGCUUGGAUUAUGCAAUAGUAUAUGACAUAUGUAAUGUGGGAAUGUUUUUGUAGAUAAUAAAAGUAUGUGAUCUGUACUUCCACAUGACUGGGUGUUGAAGGGAGUUAGGUCCUCCCUGGUGCCAGCCCCAGGGCUUGUCAAAUUUGUUGACAAGUCACAUCAUAUUGUAAUUCUAUUCUUUGCAGCUCAAGCAUGCAGUAUGAAUACUGUGUAUUUUUUUAAAAAAAAAUUUAGUAUCAAGGUUUCAGAAAAUGCCAUUUAAGGCAUCCCUCCUGUAUAGUGUAAAAAAGACGUUCAUAAUGUUAGGAAGAUGAUGAAAAGUCACUCUUUCAAAGCGCAGCUUAUUACUCUCAAUUGCUAAAUGCAAUUACUGUUCUAAUUUUUCCUUUCCAUUUCUCUUGAUGUUACAUGUGGGAAUCUGAGAAUUUAGUUCAUUUUUUCAGGGUAAAAAUUGGAACAAAAAAUUAAGCUGUCCAAAAUAGGUUUUUAAAAAUUAUAUAUGUAGCUCAACUUAAGUUUAUUUGGAAUAUAGCUAUAUAAAUAUUCACUCCUAAGUUAUCACAGAAUAUAUGUAUACAGCUUCUAAAACAUAUGAGAUAAAAUUGGUGUUCUCAUAACUUUAACAAAAAAUAUACUCUUAGAGUUCUAUUUAUUAAUUGUUAGAAUGAAAUAUAUAAUUUUAUAGCUCAGUUUGCCCAGUAUUCAUCUGCAAAGACAGAUUGCUCUCAUUACUUUUAUAUUUUAAAAUUGUAGUUUUUAAAGACCUAUGAUCGCAUAUGGAUCUUAAACCUAUGGAGCUUAAUUUUUUUAUUAAAUAUUCAGGUAACAGUUCUACUGAAUUCAUGUGAUGAUAGUGGUAUUAUAUUUGAUUAAACACUUCAGAACCUUCUGAUGUUAUCAGGAAUAUUUUGAGGGAGACAUGAUUAUAUUGUAUUUUCUCAAAUAAGAAAAAAUUUUUAAGAAUAUUAUUUUAAUCUUCUGUUUUAAGCAUUUCUUAUAUUUACCUUGUAACUGUAUGUAAGGGAGUAAGCAAAAGCAAUUUAAGAAAACACUAAAGUCUGAACAGUUUAUUUCAGAAUUAUGUGAAUUGAGGUUCAGUGAGCCUCAGUGUCCUUAACUUUUGUUAAGCUUGUCACCAUCUUUAUAUUGUUACAGAGAUUUCAUAUCAUAUGAUUAUAAUUGCAUUUUCAUUCCCAGUAUGUAUGUGUUGGGGGGAGGCUUUUUUAGGUGACUGUUAUUUUGUACAUCUAAUUUUGGGAAAGCAACUAUAUAUGACAUCUUGUGAUUUCUUAACUUUUUUGUUUGUAUAUUUUUCAAAGAUCCCACUGUCCUUUAUUAUGUUUUAAAGAUUGUUUAAAAUUAAUUUUCCUAAAUUCAUGUGGAAAUAAUGCUUUGAGGAUAUCAACAUUUUAUAUUAAACAUACUUCCAAUUCAUUAAAAUUGAAGUGCAAUUUUUUUUCUUAUGAAAUAUCAGCCAUUGUUAGAAAUAAAUUCAUAGUUGUAUGAUGUCCUUUGCAUAUCCCCAAAGUGAUGCUUUAGUUUAUUUUUACCUAUUUUAAGCAGCAUAUAGUUUAUUUGAUUAGUAUUUCAGUUCAGUGAUUUUUAAAAAAUGAUCUAUCUAUCUAUCUAUCUAUAUCUGUCUAAAAGGCAGAGUGACAGAGAGGGAAAGAGAGAGAUCUUCCAUCUGCUGGUUCACUUCUCAAGUACUCACAAAACCUGGGGCUGAGACAGGCCAAAGCCAGGAGCCAGGAACUCCAUGUGGAUCUUCCGUAUGAGUGGCAGAAACCCAAAUAUUUGGGCCAUCAUCUUACCUCCUUGGUACGUUAGCAGGAAGCAGUUGGAAACACAAGCAAGACUAGAUCUCAGGCACUCUGAGAUGAGAUGUAGAUAUCUGAAGUGGUGGCCUGAUCCACUACACUACAGUGCUUGCCCUAGGGAAAUUUUGUUAGUAUCAGUAACCAUUUUGCUACAGCCAAUGCACUGAACCAUGUAUCUUUUAUUCCUGAAUUAUUUAUGAGCAUAUGAAUCUUUUAAUAUUCUCUGGUAAGAACAAUCAUAGGACUUCUUUGGUAACAGUAGAGAGCUUAGCCUAGAAGGUGUGUGUGUAUGUAUGUGUGUGUGUAUGAAUGUCCAAGAAGAGAGAUGUUGAAAGGGUUGUUAGUGGACAAGGAAAGAAUUUGUAGAGAAGAUACUGUUUUUAACUCACAAUUCUUGGGCUGAAAAAAAAAAGUUGUAUCUAAUCACUUUAUAUAGGUUUCAGAAGAAGUUUAUUGCCUCCUUAGAUCAGUUUAUCUUUUUAUAUCAGGAGGAAGAAGAGAUUUAGACUUGUCAUUUAGAGCCUCUAUCCUUAUCCUUCCAAUGUCUUUUAAUUUUUAGACAUUCAAAAAUUAUUUAUGCUUUAAGUACUUCUGUCUGUAGUAUCCUGUAACUGAACUUGACCUUGUGGAAAUUUUGCUCAUAGGCAGUUAAAAGACAUAUUUCUGUGUGUAUGGAGCUUGCUUCUUCUGCAUUUAGUCAGGUAGUUCCUUCUGUUUCAACUGAGCCUUGUGGGUGCUGGAGAAAUCAUUUAAGACUCCAGAUAAAGAUGUAUUUGGAAUGACUGUGAUCACACUGUUUACUUUGCUGUAUUCUUCCACAAAAUAAACCUGGAGCCAGGUUUCA